AUGGAGCAAAAUAUUCAUGUCAUAAAUACAAAGAGCGAGGUACAAUCACCAGAGAUCACUACAGAGAGACCCAAAAGAAAAGAUGACCAAGAAGUGAUUGAUGAAGCUACAAGGGUAGAAAAAUCUGCACCAAAUGCAACUGAAAAUAGAGAAGAUGCGAUACUACAAAUUCCAAGCUAUAAGAAAUUUUUGAGAGAGAUGUUGACAAAGAUAAGAAAGCUUUCGGAGUUUGAAACCGUGGCAUUAACUGAGGAAAGUAGUGCAAGAGUCCAGAGAAAUUUGCCUCCUAAAUUGAAGGAUCCAGGGAGUUUUACUUUACCAGUUUCAAUUGGAAAUUCCUAUUCAUCUAAUGCAUUGUAUGACACUGGUGCUAGUAUCAAUCUAAUGUCGUAUUCUGCUUACAGGAAAUUGGGACUAGGUGAAGUCAAUUCAACAUCAAUAACGCUACAACUCGCUGAUAGAACAAUCACAAGGCCACGUGGCAAAGUUGAGGAUGUACUAAUCAAAGUAGGAAAUUUAAUAUUUCCUGUUGAUUUCAUUGUAUUGGACAUACCAGAAGAUUGA